UGGGCAUGAUAUUUUGGAGAAAAGCACUGUAUUUGGGGAUGGAGGGACUCUACACGUCAUUGUCUGUGCGGUAUAUAGAUUUGUAGUACGUAAUUAUAAUAGGGCACCCAGAGUUUCUCUUCUCCUAUAAAUAUAAGCGUGGAGCUGGACCAAAGUCACACACAACAUAUCUGUAUAUCUUUGCUCUCUCUCCACCCCACGGUUUUUCUCUCUCAAAUUAAGAAGCGAGAAGCUGAUCGAAAUGGGUGUGCUAGACUAUCUAUCAGACUAUUUCACAAUAAGCUCCAAACCGAAAAAGAAACGCAAGGCAAUGCAGACAGUUGAAAUCAAGGUGAAAAUGGAUUGUGAUGGGUGUGAAAGGAGAGUUAAAAGUGCUGUUUCUAACAUGAAAGUAUUAAUUAUAUCUUCAGGUGCUAAACAAGUGGAGGUGAACAGAAAGCAAAGCCGGGUGACGGUGACAGGUUAUGUGGAACCAAACAAGGUGUUGAAGAAGGUGAAGAGCACCGGAAAGAAAGCCGAGAUUUGGCCCUACGUUCCAUAUAACCUCGUUGCAUACCCUUAUGUUGCCGGAGCUUAUGACAAGAAGGCACCGUCCGGCUACGUCAGAAACGUCCCUCAGGCAGUUGCUUUCGCACCGGACGACCAGUACAGCUCUCUAUUUAGCGAUGACAACCCUCAUGCUUGUGCCAUCAUGUAAUCAAAACUAAGGACUCAGUUAUGUAAUAUUGUACGCGGACUAGUACUACAUGCCACUUUGUGCUUUGAGUCUGUAAUUAAGAUGAUCGAUCUCCACUAAUUUUUCUUA